AUGGCUUCUCGUGUGCAGGGUCGUCCAUUACAUUCGACUGGCUUUCUCCUUGCGCUAAUGGCGCUGACGUCGGUGCUUCGGUGUGAGGCUCAGUUUGGUCCAAAUGGCACUUUCAGCCAAGGCGGUACCACCAAGACUUACCCCGUGGCAGGACCAUUUGGCUUUGUGGACUCCCUUUCGUCCAACUACACAGCCAUCAAGGUGGAUCAGUCCUAUGCCCGCACGCUUUGCCGUACGGGGACGCCCGCAUACCCCGUUGUGGAGGCAACCAUUGCAGGUGUCCAUCAGGCGAUGCUUGCAGGUAAUCUGACCUGCUCGCAGCUAGUGGCAGCAUACAAGCAGCGCAUCGAGUUCUACGACCAGAGCAGUGGUGUCAACUCCAUCCGGGUGCUCGCACCUGACCUUGACUCAGUGACCGCUGCCAAAGACGCCCAACUGGCAGCGGUCCUAGCGUCUGGAAACAUGACGCUUCCGGACCUGUUCUGUGUUCCGCUGCUGAUCAAGGACAACUACGACACAAUCGGGAUUGCAACAGCAAACGGCGCAGUGGCACUGCUGGACAACUUCCCGACGCAGGAUGCGACUAUUGUCGCGCAGCUGAAGGCCGCCGGCGCACUGGUGCUGGCCAAGGCCAACAUGGCUGAGUGGGCUUACACGAACGCCGUUUCCAUCGGCUCUGUCUUCGGCAUUGUCCGCAAUCCGUACGAUCUGGACCGCGUCACGGCUGGUAGCAGCGGCGGCACCGCGGCAUCCGUCGCGGCGAGCUUCGGCAUGAUCGGGUUGGGGAGCGACACCGGGAAUUCGAUCCGCGGGCCUUCCGGCCACCAGGCACUGGUCGGCAUCCGCAGCACCAUCGGAAUGACGUCACGGGCCGGCAUCGUCCCCCUGUUCCUGAACAGGGACAUCGGAGGCCCCAUGGGGCGGACCGUUGAGGACGUCGCCCGCGUCUUCCAGCACAUUGUUGGCCCCGACCCCUCUCCCGGUUCGGCGCGCGAUACCGUCACUUUGCAGAGCGCCAACUCGACCCUCAACCCGUACGGCAUUCCCACGAACUACACGCAGUUCCUUAUCGCAAAUGGCUUGCAGAACAAAACGAUCGGCGUAUUGCGGGGUGCCAUCACAAACCCGACGCAGAGGCCCGACCAGGAGAUUGUGAACCUGUUCAACAGGGCCGUGAUGGACAUGCAAACGCUGGGCGCGACGAUCGUUGAGAACUUCACAGUUCCGGGCAACUCGCUGGGCGACGUUCCGUGGGACGGCCGCAACGGCAUCUACAUCGGAUACGGCACCAACGGCAGCUGGCAGAGUUACCAGAACUCCCAAUGCGCGCUCUGGACGGAAGACCUGAACGCGUACCUUCAGACUGCGGGAACCCAGCUCAAAUCCGCGAACGCGAUCUUUGUCAAUGGGGGAUUCCACCCGAGCGUUUUGGCGACCAUGACCGGUUUCCUGAGGAAUCAGAACAUCUCAUCGACGAGCCUGCCGUCCGCCGCGGAUCUUGCCCGGGGCUAUCCGUGCGGCUGCGGCGACGAAUACACCAACGUGUGCCGCGCAGAGCUGCGCAAGAACCUGGUCGCCGCGAUGGACGCUCAGGGAGUGGACGCGAUCGUGUACCCCAGUUGGAACAACCCCGCCCGGUUGAUCGGCGACUACGACAGUCCGCUGGGCGACAACUCGCAGAACGUGUGCCCCCCGACAGGAAUGCCAGGGAUCACCGUGCCAAUGGGAUUCACAUCGAGGGGUCUUCCCGCAAGUCUCCAGAUCGCGGGCCGGCCUUACGCCGAAUCGACGCUCUUCACAGUCGCGUAUGCAUACGAGCAGGGGACCAUGCGCCGCAGGGCUCCGCCCGCAUUCCCUGAGUGCGUUGCCAACACCACUUCUUCCAUCGUGUCAUCCGAUCUCGCCCGAAGGAAGCUUCUCGAGUUGGCCGGAGCAAGUGCCAGCUUCAGCGUCCAAUAAGACGCAGACGGCGGAAGUGCCUGGGGCGAUUCUGAGGCAUUAAGAGAUGGUCGGAAUAGGUAAAAACUGCCUGGCUGAACCAGUUCAACGCAAGAACAGGUCGGACAGGCUGACUAAGGAAAUGUCUCAGAGAGUGAGAGGACGGAUGACCGGUCAUCUGGGGGCCAAUGGCAGCCCGUACCUUCUCCAAUGAGGCAGUUUCUCGAAAUGUGUCAAGGUCUGCCGUUAUAUAGCAGAAAGUAGGAAGUCAAGGUAGGUCAAGCAUCUGGACACGGGUUGAUUGUCUUUAGUGCAGCCUUGAGGAAAGUUUUCGGUGCAUGUGUAUUUUCUUAUGGAAU